ACGUGACCGCUUGCCACGACCCAAAUUUCCCACCUUUUUCUCUCGCUGUCCAGCACAGCUUCACAAUACCAACCAUUCCCUUUCUCAAACAGUUGAAGCAAGAAGUGGUAAACGAAACACCAAACCAAGCCAUCAUCUUGAUUUUGUUGUCCUACCAUUUAUUUUAAUUCUCCAGUUUAUUCAUGUUUAUCAUCAUCAAUAACAGCUAUGUUUUCUAUCAUCCCCACUUUGCAUCUGGGGCACUGAAAAGCUUCCUCCCAUUACCUGUAAUAAAUGAUCUUUUUACAAUCUUGUCCUACCAGUUUCAGCUUCCCUCUUCUUCCUCCACUCUGCCCUUGUAAAACCCACCUCUGCUUGCCACUCAGGAACAAGACACCACCGCCCAAAACUCCAAAUUCCAACAGGGUUAAUGUAAAGGUGGCUAGGAACCUUGUGGCAAAACGGUUUUCAAGUGAGUUUGUGGAUGAGGAAAGUCAAGAAUCUUCAAUCCAAAUGGGCUCAAAUUUCACUAGUUUCCAACAAGACCCCAUUGUUUACAAGUUAAGGACCCAGCUAGGAGUCAUCCACCCGAUCCCUUCCCCUCCAAUGAACCGUAACGUUGUCGGGUUGUUUGUUUUUUUCUUUUUUGUUGGGGUGGCUUUUGAUAAAAUCUGGACUUCAAGGAAAAGGAGGGGCAAAUUGGCAAGUCUAGAUGGGGACGCAGUUGGAGUGGGAGGAUGUGUUUGGCCACAAGUCCCAACCAGUUUUUCUUUGUUCUUGGAAAAGGAUUUGCAAAGGAAAGAAUCAGUUGAGUGGGUUAAUAUGGUGUUGGGGAAGUUGUGGAAAGUUUAUAGAGGUGGGAUUGAGAAUUGGAUCAUUGGGUUGUUACAGCCUGUUAUUGAUAAUGUUAAGAAGCCUGAUUUUGUUGAGAGAGUGGAAAUUAAGCAGUUUUCUUUAGGGGAUGAGCCUUUGUCCGUUAGGAAUGUUGAGCGUAGGACUUCGCGGCAAGACAAUGAUUUGCAGUAUCAAAUAGGACUUCGUUAUACUGGUGGUGCUCGCGUGUUGUUGAUGUUGUCAUUAAAAUUUGGCAUUAUCCCAAUUGUUGUGCCAGUUGGUGUUCGGGAUUUUGAUAUUGAUGGAGAACUUUGGGUUAAAUUGCGAUUGAUACCGACAGAACCUUUCGUUGGAGCUGUUUCAUGGGCUUUCGUUUCACUUCCAAAGAUCAAGUUUGUGUUAUCACCAUUUCUCUUGUUUAACUUAAUGGCAAUUCCUGUCCUUUCAAAGUUUUUGACAAAACUUCUCACUGUUGACUUGCCUCGACUAUUUGUACGCCCCAAGAAAAUUGUUCUGGAUUUCGAGAAAGGGAAAGCAGUUGGCCCUAUUGCAAAUGAUUUGAAAUCAGGAGAAAUUCAAGAAGAAAGAAAUGAGGAUUUUGUUGGUGAACUAUCCGUGACUCUUGUAGAUGCCAGAAAACUGUCUUAUGGUUUUUAUGGCAAAGCUGAUCCAUAUGUUGUUCUUAGCCUGGGAGAUCAAGUUAUAAGCAGUAAAAAGAAUAGUCAAACUACUAUUAUUGGGCCUCCUGGCGAGCCAAUUUGGAAUCAGGAUUUUCAUUUAUUUGUGGAAAACCCUAGAAAAGAAAAACUAUGCAUCCAAGUGAAAGACUCCCUUGGGUUCACAGAUUUGACAAUUGGUACAGGAGAGGUUGAUUUGGUGACUCUCCAGGACACUGUUCCAACAGAUGAGGUUGUGGUCUUGGAAGGAGGUUGGGGAGUGUUCGGAAAGAGAUCUUCUGGAGAAAUACUACUUCGAUUGACAUAUAAAGCUUAUGUUGAGGAUGAAGAAGAUGACACAACUGUGGCAGGAUCUGUUGAUACUGAUGCUUCAGAUGAUGAAUUGUCUGACUCUGAUGAAUCAAAUGUGAUAUAUGAGCAGGGUGUAAAGCAAUAUACAGAAGAAACAGACAAGGAGUCAUUUAUGGAUGUUCUAGCAGCUUUGAUUGUAAGUGAGGAAUUUCAAGGCAUUGUGUCAUCUGAACCAGGGAGCAAAUUUUUUUAUGACAUCUCAAGAACAGGGCCUUUGAAAACAAGAUUAAGUGGUUUUAAUGCAGAAUCUGCACCAUCAGAUUCUGAUAAAGGAUCUGAAGCGUCUGAAGGAUCAACCUUAUUGUGGUUUGCUGUGAUCACAAGUAUAUCGGUGCUAAGUGCAAUCAAUAUUUUUGGUUCAAGUUUCUUCAACCCUUGAUGUCACAUGAUGUGCUAGCUAAGUGUUAGUGCUUCUGCUUGAUCAAUGCACAUGAAAGAUAGAGGUCAGAGAGGGAAAAUGAGAGUCGAGUUUAGAGACUUAAUGAUGGAUCAUCUCCACCAAUUUCAGGCAAUUGAUGAGUUGCACCAUGAUCUUUGUUCGAGGCUAGAACCCAAACGUUGAAGUUGGUAUCAAUCUGAUGAGGAUUCCAAGUUAGAAACUUGAAGGAUGGCUUGCCAAAGGAACAAAUAUACUACAAGUUCCAGGAGAAAUACCUCUCUGCAGUAUGGGGAAGAACAAAUGCUACAUUUUGUAGUAAAAGAAGUUAAAAUCCUUCCAUCCACUGAAAGACCAAAGCUGGCAUGCUGCAAUCGAACCAAUUUCAGGCACUUGAUCAAAAAACAAAAUAUGAUUUAUGAUUGGCAACUAUAGUUACGGCUUGAAAUAAAAGAGAUUAGUAGGUGGGCUGUUGACCUUGUGGAUGCAAAGAU